GGUUCAUUUCCUUCGCUCCCUGCAGCCUUUGCCUCCCAGAGUUGGGUUUGGGUACGGGGAUUGGCGCCUCCAAGUAUCUGCGGGGCGAUUUGGGAGCUGGGAAUUCCUGUGGUGGAGACGCCGAUUAUUUGUUUAUUUUUGAAAGCAAGGUUUUAGGGGAUGGGCAGAUCAGAAAGUCAGAUGGAUAUAACUGAUAUCAACACUCCAAAGCCGAAAAAGAAACAGCGAUGGACCUCCCUGGAGAUCAGCCUCUCGGUCCUCGUGCUGCUCCUGGCUGUCAUUGCUGUGACAAUGAUCGCGCUCUAUGCAACCUACGAUGAUGGCAUUUGCAAGUCAUCAGGCUGCAUAAAAUCAGCUGCUCGCAUGAUCGAGAACUUGGACACCACUGUUGAACCCUGUACGGACUUUUUCAAAUACGCCUGUGGGGGCUGGUUGAAACGCAACAUCAUUCCUGAGACCAGCUCACGUUACAGUAACUUUGAGAUUUUAAGAGAUGAACUGGAAGUUGUUUUGAAGGAUGUCCUUGAGGCGCCUAAACCGGAAGAUAUAGUAGCAGUACAGAAAGCAAAAACACUGUACAGGUCUUGCAUAAAUGAAUCUGCUAUUGACAACCGAGGUGGAAGUCCUUUACUUAACCUGUUACCAGACAUCUAUGAGUGGCCGGUUGCAACAGACAACUGGGCACAGGCAUACGGUGCUUCCUGGAUGGCAGAGAAAGCUAUUGCAAGACUGAAUUCAAAAUAUGGGAAAAAAGUCCUUAUUAAUUUCUUUGUUGGCACCGAUGAUAAGAACUCCAGGAGCCAUAUAAUUCAUUUUGACCAGCCUCGACUUGGCCUCCCUUCCCGGGACUACUAUGAAUGCACUGGUAUCUAUGCAGAGGCGUGCACAGCGUACGUGGAGUUCAUGAUUGCCGUGGCCACACUGGUUCGUCAGGAAAGGAAUCUGCCCGUCAACCACAGCCAGAUUUCUUUAGAAAUGGAAACUGUGAUGGCACUGGAAAAAGACAUUGCCAAUGCUACCGCUAAACCAGAAGAUAGAAAUGAUCCAAUGCUUCUUUAUAAUAAAAUGACAAUGACCCAGAUCCAAAAUAACUUCUCAUUAGAGAUUGAUGGAAAGCCAUUCAGCUGGUCAAAUUUCACAAAUGAAAUCAUGUCAACAGUGAAUAUUAAUAUUCCCAACGAAGAAGAAGUGAUUGUUUAUGCUCCAGAAUAUCUAACCAAACUGAAACUCAUUCUUACCAAAUAUUCUGCCAGAGAUCUUCAAAACUUAAUGUCCUGGCGGUUCAUAAUGGAUCUUGUAAGCAGCCUAAGCCGGAACUACAAGGAGUCCAGAAAUGCUUUUCGCAAGGCACUUUAUGGCACGACAUCUGAAACGGCCACCUGGAGACGCUGUGUAAACUAUGUCAAUGGGAAUCUGGACGAUGCGGUGGGGAGGCUUUACGUGGAAGCAGCCUUUGCUGGGGAGAGUAAACACCUGGUUGAGGACUUGAUCAGACAGAUCCGAGAGGUUUUCAUUCAGACUUUAGAUGACCUCACUUGGAUGGACGCCGAAACCAAAAAGAAGGCUGCAGAAAAGGCCUUAGCAAUUAAAGAAAGGAUUGGCUAUCCUGAUGAUCUUCUUUCAAAUGAUGAUAAACUGAAUAAAGAUUAUCUUGAGCUGAACUACAAAGAAGAGGAAUAUUUUGAGAACAUAAUUCAAAAUAUGAAGCUUGGCCAAAGUAAGCAACUGAAGGAGCUCCGAGAAAAGGUGGACAAAGACGAGUGGAUAAGUGGACCAGCUGUAGUCAAUGCAUUUUAUUCUGCGAGCACAAAUCAGAUAGUCUUCCCAGCUGGCAUCCUGCAGCCCCCCUUCUUCAGUGCUCAGCAGCCGAACUCGCUGAAUUUUGGAGGCAUCGGCAUGGUCAUCGGACAUGAAAUCACCCAUGGCUUCGACGACAGUGGUAGAAAUUUUAAUAAAGAUGGAGACCUUGUUGACUGGUGGAGUCAACAAUCUGCAGAUAAUUUUAAAGAGCAAUCCAAGUGCAUGGUUCACCAGUAUGGGAACUUUACCUGGGACCUGGCAGGUGGACAGCACCUCAAUGGAAUCAAUACAUUAGGAGAAAAUAUUGCUGAUAAUGGAGGCAUUGGACAAGCAUACAGAGCUUAUCAAAAUCACAUAAAAAAGAAUGGUGAAGAAAAAUUACUUCCUGGACUUGAUCUAAACCACAAACAAUUGUUCUUCUUGAACUUUGCCCAGGUGUGGUGUGGAACCUACCGACCAGAGUAUGCUGUGAACUCUAUUAAAACCGAUGUGCACAGUCCAGGCAGUUUUAGGAUUAUUGGGACUUUGCAGAACUCCCCAGAGUUUUCAGAAGCCUUUCAGUGCCCUAAGAAGUCAUAUAUGAACCCAGAAAACAAAUGCCGGGUUUGGUGAUCCCAAAGAGAAGCCAUGCAGCCCUUGAUUAGGCUUGCCAGCAGCCCAGCCCUGAAUGAGGUGCCCUCUGUGUGCCAGAAGAUGGACCCUGGAGAACACUGCAGUGACCUGGGGGGAGUUAAUGAGACGGAACCUCAGAGAUGAUAACUACUUUAGAAUCAUAAUAAAAGUCAAGAUAGGCUAUUUUGAUAAGGGUGUGGGGAGCAGAGGCAGACUAUUGUCUAUUGAAUCAAUCACGUUCGCUGUGUAAAUAAUGCUUAAUUUCUAAAGACGGCAUUACCAUUUAUUCCUGUUUUUCAUGUGGUUGACCAAUUUGAUGUUCUCAUUUAGAAACCGUGUCCCUACUUGUUGAUGUAGGCUGGCACUGCUGAUCAAAGAAAGAAGAUGUGGAGACACAAUAGCUGAAAAUGCUGUGUCCUUUUCAUUUGCAAGGUUUAUGCUCCUUCAAACCCUUCCAAAGAAGUCUUAAACAUAUUGGGGCCUUGGGGCUUAAGUACUUUUAAACCUUUUCCCCCCCAAUGAUUAUUACUCAUUCUCAGAUCAUUUUGUUUUAAACAUUCUUAGGACAAAAAUGAAUGUCUAAGCAAGUUGUCUUGUACCUGGUUUAGCUGAUCUGAAGAUUCCUUCCUCCCCGUGAUUUUCUAAGAAUUGAUUCCUCAUUUUCUCUCAAAACUUGGUCUUUUUAAGAGAUUUGUAGUAAUGUAUAAAUAAUAAUUUUUAUAUUUAAUUACUAAGUACCUGUAUGACUAAGUAACUGUUAUUAUAGGUAAUCAUUGAAGAUUGACACUUCAGGUAGAGUUCUUGACUACAAGAUACAUAAUUAUGAACCAAGAUCUGUAAAGUGAUGUACAGAUGAAGAUUUGAGUCUUUUUAAACUUAUAAAUCAUAUUGAUGAAAAGCUUUAAGCUCAAACCUUGGGGUUAAAAAAAAUGCCAUUGGACAGUUGUCUAGAGAUAUAUAAUUCUUUAUAUCUUUACAAGUGGGGCUUUAAAAUCCCAUCUAUCACGAGGGCGGCUGUGAUGAAAGGGCAAAGCUGCAUCCGUGUAGCUCCACAUCUCCCUCUCUUUUCAGGUUUGUCAUCUGAUUGAAAUAUUUUGAUAAUAAAUGAAAACUGCGAGCCGGUUA